UUCUUCUUUCCUUCCUUUUGUCAAGGGAAAUCCCAAACACGAUAACCCCAGCUGAUAAAAAAAUCAUUAUUUAUUGUUUUGAUGAAAAUGGUCGAUCUCGAUUGGAAAGCAAAGAUGGUUUCUUCUAAUAAACUCCAGGUUUCGAUUCCGGCACCGUUUCAUAUCCCCAAUGUUUCCUCUCCACUCUCGAUAUCUCCUUCGGCUUCCAAAGCUUACGACUAUUAUCUCCGCCUCCCGGAGCUGAGGAAGUUAUGGGAGGCUGAAGAGUUUCCCGCUUGGCAAAACGAAGGCGUCUUGAAGCCGGCUUUGCACGCUUUGGAGAUCACGUUCCGGUUUAUUUCGAUCGUUUUAUCGGAUCCAAGACCGUACCUAAAUCGCCGUGAGUGGACGCGUCGACUUCAGUCCCUUACCACGAGUCAGAUCGAAGUCAUCGCUAUGCUCUGUGAAGACGAGAACGACAAUAAAACCGCGGCGGGAACGGCACCGAUCGUCGAUCUGACAUCGUCGAACGGUGUACUAACACGGGAGAGCAGCUCCGCCGAGGUUUGGAAGAUCCACGGAGAAACGACGGUGGUGAAUCGUACGAGCGAAGCCAGCUUAUUGCCUCGGCUCGCGACGUGGCAAAAAUCUGAAGACGUAGCACAGAAAAUCCUCUAUUCUAUCGAGUGCGAGAUGAGACGGUGUCCUUACACGUUAGGCUUGGGAGAGCCGAACCUCUCCGGCAAACCGAACCUCGACUACGAUGCCGUUUGCAAACCGAACGAACUCCACGCGCUUAAGUCUAAUCUGUUCGAUCACAUCGACAACCCUGAGAACGCAACGCUUUAUACUACGCAUCAGAUUCUUGAAUCGUGGAUCCAAACGGGGAAACAAUUGUUGAAACGCAUCGCUUCAAGGAUCGACGCCGGAAGCUUCGAAGCCGCAGCCGGCGAUUGUUCUUCAAUGGAAAAGAUCUGGAAACUUCUAGAGCAAAUCGAAGAUCUCCAUCUCUUAAUGGACCCCGAUGAUUUCCUUCACCUCAAAAGCCAGUUGCAGAUAAAAUCGGUCAAUGAAACGGAGGCGUUUUGUUUCAGAUCGAAAGGGUUGGUGGAAAUUACGAAACUGUCAAAGGAGUUAAAACAUAAGGUACCGUCCAUUCUGGGAGUCGAGGUUGAUCCUAAAGGUGGGCCCAGGAUUCAACAAGCAGCUAUGAGGUUGUACACCGAGAAAGCAGAGGGUAAUAAGGUCUCUCUGGUACAAGCAUUGCAAGCCAUCGAAGCGGCCUUGAAACGAUUCUUCUUUGGAUACAAGCAAGUGUUGAUGAUCGUUAUGGGAAGUUUGGAAGCGAAAGGGAACCGGGCGGUGGCGAGUUCGGACCCGGGGGACUCAUUGAGUCAGAUAUUCUUGGAGCCUACAUAUUUCCCGAGUUUGGAUGCGGCUAAGACGUUUUUGGGUGAGUUUUGGAGUCGUGAACAGAGUGGAUCUCGGACAACUCGGUUGGCGAAGUGACGAUGACCCUGUCAAGAGAGAUUAUAGAAAUGAAAAAAAUUUAAAAUUAUUCUUUUAAAGUUGAUGUGUGGUCAAUUACUGUUUUUUAUAUCAUAUUUUUUGUAACACAUUUUGUAUAACGAGAAUUAUGAUAUUUAAAGG